AGAAUCAGCAGCACGCAACAUCGGGGCUUUAGUUGCAUUUCGUGACAAAGAACAAGGAUAUCUUCGAUAACUUGAACUUAUUCAGCUGGUUCUUUCUGAGGGCAGUUCAUCUCUAGUAAUGCUAAUACGGGACGACGACAUGACGGAUUUCACAAAGCGAUAAGGACCUCCUGGUGUAUGAUUUAUUAGAAAGCGACUAAUUUUUUAUGCAAGCAGUUGACGACGCAAAGAGACUCAUUCUUGUCUCCUCGAUACGGGAAACUACUCCUGCCAAAAUGUUGAUGCGCGACAACUAUUUCCCCUAGAGGAAGAAGCCCCUAGCUUUUUUUUUCCCUACGUAAGAGUCUUCGAGGACACGACCGGCCUUCCGGGGAGACGAGGAAAAAGAGCGCCUGAUAUAUUGUUUCACACAAGUUGAAAAGUCUUAGUCGCACAUAAUUGCUGAAUUAGUGAAGUACACCAAAUCUUCUAGAACCGCAGAAGGGGGACGAGCUUCUAGCGUGCUACGGGACAACGAGUUACUUUAGAAUACAGAUUAGGUUCUUUACAUACUUUUUCAACAUAUUACUUUCUAUCCUUUACCUUGAGUUGUUGUCUGAUCUCAUACACAACUCUCCUUUCUGUUUCUACACUACCCUCACACCACCACCGCUUAUAUCCUACACAAGAUGGAAGUCCGUCCGAAGGAGCGGAUGAACAUUUCCGCCGCGUACCACAUGGCGAUGACGCACGCCGAAGAAGGCAUGCAGCCCAUGGCGGUGCCGCUCCCCCAGAACUUCAGCUCGUUCGAAGAGGCGGUAGAAAAGGCGGAGACCUUCCAAUAUCCUGAGCAAAAACGUCCCCAACCCAUAGUCAAGUUGGUAAAUCUGCAACACAAAUCGCCCAGCUUUGGAAGUUGUGCAUGACAAGUUUCCGUCUGUAGUAUAGUGUUGCUUAGCAAGGAAAGCCGCAUGAGAAAGCCAAUCUCUCAUCAUAUUUACAGCAUUACAAAUGCCAAAUCACGAUUUGAAACGCCUCUCGUCAUGGGAAUGCGCAUUACAAAUGUUCCUGUCGUUGCGCAUUUGCAUUACAGCCUUGGGGUGGGGACGUUUUUGCUGUGGAUAUCCAAGACGCGGUGAUCUGGCAGUACCACCAAGCGAAGAAGCGAAAGGUCAUCGCCAAGGGCGUGCCGCCGCGGCAGACCGGGCUGGUAAUAAACGGCAUCGGGCAGGAAAAAAUCGAGGACAUCUCAAUGGAAAGCUACGCCCUGACCUCCAUUUGCGCAAAGCCGAGAUCAAACGGCGCCGCUGACGCACCCUCCGAAUUUAGAAAAAUGGCACAGGACAUGCGGGCGGGGAGAUUGAGAACGAGGAAAAGGAAGUUUCCCAGCAGAAAAUUCCGUAUUGUUAUUGAUUGUUUCUACGUACAAUUUUUGUUACAGCGGCAUUUUGGGUGGUUUGCGUUUGGUUGUUUGCAUGACAAACCGCUCUUCCUUGAUUGUCGUGUCACAACCAGAAACUACUUUGUGAUGCAUAUACUCAAUAGUUCUUUCAUUAUCGUUAUCGUUAUCAAGCAGCGCGUCAAAUAAUGAUAGAAUCCAAAAGCAAAAUAAAUCAAAAACAUCACAGAGGACAAGGACAUUCUAGACGGCAACAUCUCCUCCGACUCCGAGGGCCACCCGGGGUACGGCUCUGACAAGGAAAAGGAACGGGCCCGUGGUGACUACAUUGCGCAACAAAAAGCCCAGCAGGGCUUAAACAAGGCGUAUGUGAGGCCGAAUCGACACAGCAGCAUGUCCUCCCGAGACGGGUCGGAUUCCGGUUUUCUGUCCGUCGGCGCGAGUCCCAUGAGCUACCUGCAAACCCCGGACCGGACGCCGGAGAGUGAAUUUGGGAGAACGCCCGGCACGAAUAUGGAUUUUUAUCCCACGAAAAAACUGUUUCACUGUGGUGCUUUUGCAAGAUCUGCAUCACAAGUUUGUAUACACAUGUCACGGAAAUAAAUUUGCCAUGCGCGCUUUCCAAGGGAAAACAGGCUUCAAAAUCCAGAAUGUCUUGCAAGUGUAGCAAGACAAACACUUUGGUGCUUCGUUCUCUGCAUCACAAGUUCACAGGGAAACAGUUUAUUUUCCUUGCGAUAAUUGUACCGGGGGAAAUAGCAGCAUGAUGGCGUUGACAAACGACGCACACAGCGACGCGGGCGACAGCGUGGAUAACCAGAGCUUGGCGCUGAGUAUUUCUUAUUGCAAUCAUGCAUUACAAAUCUUUUUCUUGAGGUAGAUCAGCAUUAGAAAUUUCAGUUCUCAUGCUGAGGAAAUUUGUAAUGCAUUUAUUAUACACAUGAAACUAUCAGGCCAACUCGCGGCGGGUGAUGGGAAAGUAGCCUACAACAAGAGAAAAUUCGCCGCGCAAAAAGCCGAGCGCGUAUGCAUCACAAAAGUAUCGUACUAGUAGAAAUCGCAUUACAAGUUCGGUCAGCAUGACAAGAGGAAUCUGUCAUGCUAAUUUACCUACACAACUAGAUUUAUAAUGCAUACCUACACAACUAGAUGAUGAUGAUGAUGAUGAUGAUGAUGCAUAAACGCGAUUAGUACGAGCGCGAUAGUUUUGUAAUGCAUAACGGGAAGCCGCGAAUAAAAUCUUGGCGGCCCAGAAGAACGGGUUUGGCAAACAGCAGUUUUUGAUUGACCACAGAACACCGACGAGACUGACGGAAAUCCUGGAGCAUAGUACUAAAUGUGGUUUUCAUAAUUGCUAUUGCUCUGUAAAAAAUGCUGGCGUGGUAAUAAGGCAAUAGGAGUGACGAGAACUUGUGAAGUAGAUGUUGAUCAUGCACAGCAUGCCAGCGCUGUUGUUCUUGUUGUAUUUUUGCAUGACACCGAAAAUAAGAAAUUCCGACACUUCAAGAAUAGAGAACAAAUAAAUCGAUUUUGUUCAUCAUUUAAUCAAACCCACUUUAUCAACAACAAACAGACAAGAGAAUCGACAAGCACCCCCUCCCUGUGAUUACCAUCAUCCUCCCGCCCCGCGCUUCCUCCCUCAUCAACAUUUGCAACUGCAUGCCGUUUAUCAACGGCAAAUAUGUCAGUCUGGGUCUCGAAGCUUGUGAUGCUGAAGUAUGCAUAAGUCAGCUGCUUUCAAGUGCAGCCAAGCAUGACAAGUUUAGUUGACACCGUCUGAUUCGUAGCACGCAUGACAAACUGCUUGGUCGCAUCUCAAAAAAGUGGCGCCUUUGCUGGCUGUAUGCAACACAGAUUUUUCAGGAAUGCAAGACAUGCAACACAGAUUCCACUUUUCCAGACCCAGACAUGUUUGCAACUGCAUGCCGUUCUUCGAAGAGCACAAGUGGACCCCGUUAACCCGACAGGAGAAGAUGUUUUUUAACAGCUACCGUAUCAACUGCAAAUAUAUCUGGGUCUGGAAGAGUGUAAACUUGUCAUGCAGGUUUUCUAUGACCCACGAGGUCUGGAAUGCGGGACCUAGCAUGACAGACUCUGUGAGGUCUCUGCCAUGCCUAUCCUGCAUGAGAAACUCCCUCCCAACGUGCUCGAAAGUGGACAGCUCUUGGCACUCAUGCAACACAGACUUUUGUAAGAUUCAGAUUUAGCAUGACAAGUUGCACCCUUCCAGACCCAGACAUUUUUGCAUUUGAUAUACCGCACGCCGAAACACUUCGAAAAGGCGCUGUUCAACAAAAAACACAAAUUCCGGAUCCAAUUUGUGGACAACGCGAGUCAAAUCGAGAACUGGCUCUCCGUAUCAAAUGUAAAAAUGUCUGGGUCUGGGAACUUGUGAUGCUGGGUAGCGUCUCAUGAUGAGGCUACAAAUGCUGGCUCAGCAUGAAAAGUUUCUGAGCUCCUAGGUGUUGCCUAUUCUGCAUGACAAACUGCGCUUCUGCAUCACAGAAAAGCGCAGCUUUUGGGUAACGUGCAUGCCAGAUUUCAGAGUCAUGCCAGGCAAGCAUGACAAACAUGAAUUCUUCCAGACCCAGACAUUUUUACAGGUGAUACUCCGUUUGUGCAGUGUUUCUGGACCCGAAGAUGGAAAACGACUGGCAGCUGAACGAGUACCCCUUCGCGAAGCACGUCCACUUGUUCACGGCGGUUAGAGGGUUUUUCGUAAACCAUGAGAAAGCGCCGGUGAAGAGCACGAUCUGCGCGAACUGCGACCUGAAGGAGUUAACCUUGCCGCAAUCCGUCCGCUAUCCUGUGCAACAGUAUCGUACUCGUACCAAUGCAAGUUUAGCAUUACAAAUCUUGUUUCCAUGGCAAAUCUGCAUUACAAAUUUUAUUUCUCAUGCUGACGAAGUUUGUCAUGCAUUUAUACGAGUACGAUACUUUUGCACAGGAUAUCCGCCACAAGGACGACCAAGUAUUGGCGAACUUCUGGCUGGAAAUGGAGCGAUUUCUGCAAACGAUAUGAAAGCCUCCGGUUGGAAAUCCUCAAAGUGGAAAUAAUUUGCAAUGCAAAAAACCACUCCAGUUGAAGCGCCACUUCUAGGCGGCGCAUGACAAAUUCCCCGGGCAUCUCAAAGUAUGUCUGUCAUGCGGGUUAACGCAAAGGGGUGGUCUUCUCUCGUGCUAAUCAGCAUUCCAAGUCUGAACCCGUAGAAGGACAAUAGGCGGCCUCCAUUGCGUCCCCUGCAAUACAGUCUUUUUUGCGUCGCAUUUCAUGCAUCACAAAUUAUUUCCACCUUGAGGAUUUCCAUUCUGAGGCUUUCAUAAACGAGAAGUCACAUGGCGUACAUGCAGCCGAAUUUGAAGUUGAUUGACGCGGCAAGCGUGAAGCGGGUGGUGCCCAAACCCGACUGGACGGAGCAGCAGAAGAAGGAGUUUGAAGAGCGGGUCGAAUCCAACAAACAGCUGCAACUGACCAUCACGCACAACAAUUUGGAAAACUCCGGGGCGGGCGUGAUGGAGGUGGAUAAGUCCAGGCCGCUGAUUACCGAAACGAUUGACAAAAAUUUACUCAUCGUCGACAAGGAAUCCCUAGUAUCCUGUGCAAAAGUAUCUGAUACUCGUAUUGCAAUCAUGCAUUACAAAUUUUUUUCUCAAGGUAAAUCUGCAUUACAAAUUUCACUUCUCAUGCUGAGGGAGUUUGUGAUGCAUUUAUAGAUACGAGUGCGAUACUUUUGCAGUUCAUACCUGAACCCCCGGUUCUACCGACCUGAUUUCGACCUGCAGCGAAAGCGAAUGGGGAAACCAACCCUGGCGGAGGAGCAGCAGGCCCUACCGAUCGCUCUGAAGCAAAAGAUCGAGAAGGGAGAGAAGUUGACGCAAAAAGAGUUGAACGAUUUGAACAAGGAGGGAAAAGUAUUCCGAGGAAAAACGUCCCCACCUAUCCAGAGUCAUCAACUUGGGAAGUCUGCUAGACAAAUCAACAAGCUUUGCUUGCUGCGCAUGACAAAUCUAACGAAGGCUCGCCGUAAUGUAGUCCGAUGUUUAGCUUCUAGCUCAGAAGCUGCAUCACAGAUCUAGCCUAUCAUGCUGAUUCGAGCAUCGCAAUAAAUCAUCUCAAAACACGACUAGAAUAAAACUAUGCUUCUCAGCAUGGGGCUCCGCAUGACAAAUAUUUUCAGCAUGCAGAUUUGCAUGACAAGUACGAGGUGGGGACGUUUUUGCACAGGAUAGAAAGUGCCGGAUUUCGAUGCGGAGGAUGAAAACGGCUUCGACUGGGCGGCACAGCCGAUUGCCGCACACACCUUGGACAUCGGCGCCGGGCGGCAGAUAUCAAUUGCAACUAUGUUGUCCGGGUCUGGAUGAACACAGCUCAGGUGUUUGUCAAGCUGUCUCUGCUUGACUCUGAAGGUCUGGCAUGCAAGCCCUAGCACGAACACAGGUUUUUGCAAGGCCUGCCAAUGCGUGAUCCGCAUGACAAACUUCCGCUUUGUUCGGUGACAAGAAAUAACGGGAUAGUUUUCUUGCUGUUUAUGCAUGACAGAUGAUUUUCCUGUGAUCUAAAAUGCGCAUCACAAGUCUGCAUGUCUACUCCAGACCCAGACAUAUUUGCGAUGCAUAGGAGGUCAAGAUGCACAUCAACGACGAGGAGGACAAGACGAAAUUUGACAAACAGAUCAUGAAGCUGAUCGAAGACGUAUUAUUUGGCUUCUGAUUUUUUUUCGAUAGUUUCAAUUUGUCAAACGACCCUUGUUUGAUUGUAUUUUCAUGCUAUUAAUUUUUGAACAACUCCCAUAUACAACACAACAUCAUAAACAGUGCAUCCUCAAGAAGAAGAAGGAGGACAACAGACCGGAGUUUAUCGGAAAGAAAACCAAAUAGCUUGGCACCUCCCAAUAGCAGCUCCUUUCCUUCUUCAUCUUCGUCUUGCAUUUGUUCAAACUUGUAAAAUUGUCAUGCACCUUAUGCAAUGUAAAUUUCCUGUACAUGUACAGAAUGCAUGACAGAUUUCGCUAACUUGCUGUGUCCAACUUGUCAUGCUACACUAGGAUUGAAGGCAAGUUUUGUCAUGGAGAGACUGCAUUUGUACAUGUACAGGAAAUUUACUGUGGAUACACCUAGUAAUUCUAUAUUCAUCUCCGGUGCUUUUUUGUACCAGUACAACCGUGUGACUGAACGCAGAUGUUGAAAAAAAGAGAACAAGGCUCUUCUAGGAACAAGCCCUGGGAGGUGAUGAUUUUUUCCCCUGUACACGCUUUCGGAGGUGGAACGACAAAAUAGGCCGGGAAGAACUCCACAAGGAGAACUUCGUGAAGUGGGUGAACGACAACUUUGACUGUGACAAGGCCUAUACGGCAGGGAAAUUGCACGACGUUGGCUUUUAUGCAUUGCAGAAGUAACGUCCUAGUAUAAAUUGCAUUACAAAUUUUGGCAAGAAGAAAAGUGGAAUUUGUAAUGCUGUUUUAACUUAGGAGAGAGAUUUAUCAUGCAUAUUUACAAUUAGUACAAGCACGAUACUUUUGCACAGCAUAGCUUUGGCCACGCACUAAAAACUGACAUCGGCUACUACUACCACAAGGACAUCAAGCUGGACGCGUUUAAGAGUAAGAAAUACGCCAGACACCGCUGUCGAAUGAACUAUCCUGAGUAAAAACGUCCGCCCCAAAGUCAAGAUGGGGAUUUUGCAACAGAAAUCGAGAAGUUUUGGAAUUCGGAUUCACGCAUCACAAGCUGCAGUCCCGAUAGUGUAGUGCAGGCUAUAGCAAGGACAAACGCACCACAGAUCCAUCUACUUAGCCUGGUUACAGCAUUGCAAAUGCCAAAACACGACUAGAAAUGCCUCUCAUGGAGAUGCGCAUUGCAAAUCGAUUCCUGUCAUUGCGAGUCUGCAUGACAACUCUGGGGUGGGGACGUUUUUACAAAUGAUAUUCACACCGAAGUAAUGCUCGUGGAGUGGUACGACCGCCCCGGCGCAAAAAUGAUCAGCUACAUCACAGUAUCGAAUGUAAAAAUGUCUGGGUCUGGAAGAAUGCAAGAUUUGUGAUGCAGGUUUUCCAUGACCCAUGAGGUCUGGAAUGCGAGACCCAGCAUGACAGAUUUUUUGAGGUCUCUACCAUGCCCUUCCUGCAUGAGAAACUCCCUCUCAACUUGGUCAAAAGCGGCCAGCUUUUGGUACUCACGCAACACAGAUUUUUGCAUCAUUCAGAUUUAGCAUGACAAGUUCUAACCUUGUUCCAGACCCAGACACUUUUACAUUUGAUACACAGCAGAAGACAAGGCCAAGCAGGAACGCGACGCAGAGUAUGCUGCAGCGGAGAAGGCGCAAAAGCGAGCGGCCAGGGACGAGAAAAGAAAGGAGCAUAUCGUAAGGAAAAAUCCCCCCUCCCCAUAUCAAAAAGGCAGCCUUUUGAAAAUUUGUAAUGCUGAUUUGUGGUCACAAAUUAGGUCAGUGUUGCAAGAGAGCAAGGCCAGAGCGUGCGCCGCCUUACGCAGGCGGUUUGUAAUGAUGCGCCAACAGGGCAGAGCAGACGUCUGCCAUGCUGAGUGCCUAUCUCUAGCCAGCCCCUUCCAGGCACUGUAAGCAUCUGCCUGCAGUCCUCCUCUGGAAGACAAAGCUGAUUUGUGCACACGAAUCCCGCAACACAGAUUGCCAUUUUGAUAUGGGGGAGGAUUUCUCAGUUCGAUAAAACAGGAGAAAAAAAACGGUGGCGAUUGGGACAACUACAAGAAAAACGAUGAAUGGAAACAGUCUUCCAGCUGGCUAUGCAUUGCAAAAGUAUCGUACUCGUAGUAAUCCUAAUCGCAAUCAUGCAUUACAAAUCUCCAUCCCAAGGUAAAACAGCAUGACAAAUUCCAUUUGUCAUGCUGAGCUAAUUUGUUUUGCAGUUACUACUAGGGCGAUACUUUUGCAGUUCAUACUGACAACAAGGAAACAACACUUACAACUCGUCCAGCUGGAAUAACAGCAGUGGAAACAACUACAAUUCAGGAAACGACUGGAACCAGGGAGGUGGUGCUGGUUCUUGGGGUGCUGGCGACUGGAACAACAAAACGACUUCCGGGUACAACAAUAAUUCCUCAAGUUGGAACAAUGACUACGGUAAAACUAGCUGGAAGAAUGACGAUAAAAAAGACAACUGGGACAACAGUUACAACAAGUACGACAAAACUUCUUCCUACGAAAAUGCUGACAAGAAGGCAGCGUCCUACAACGCGUUCAACGCCCCUGCCGCACCAGCGGGAGAGCCGAGUGAUAAAAAGAAUUCCUUCGAGGUUGAAGAGUCUGUUGUCCCCCGACCUGGUCGCGGCGGAAGCAAAGAAAAAGAGAGACAAAAGUCCCCAGAGCGAGGACGGGGAGGCAGUAAGGAGAAGGAGCGCGGUACUACGUCUGCUGCUAGCAGUUCUCAAAACAAGUUUCUCUUCUACGAAGGUAGAAAUGAGAACACCCGUCGAGAGGACGACGUGGAGCGGUACCAUCGAUCGAGUAAGUACAGGGAAGAUUAUCAUGAUAAAGAUGACUACAACUACCGGGGUGGCAGCAAGCACAAAGACUACAACCAGCCAUCUCGGUACAGCCGCAGCCGGGGGCGGGAUAGAGGAGCCAGGAGGUCAAAGGAAAAGGAGGACGAGAGAGACCGGUACGACCGCCGCGACCGUAGUCGAUCCAAAGAAGUGAAUAAAGAGGAAAACAACGGCCGGGGGAGGAGUCGGUAUGGAAACAGACGGGACGGGAGUAAGGACAAGGAUAUCAAAGACAAAGGGGAUAUCAAGAAAGAAACAACUACCUCCCGCGACGCAAAAUCGAAAGCAAAGGACAAUAUCACCGCCAAGGAAGAGAAGAAACCCCCACCUCCUCCGCCUGCUAAGAAGAAAGCUGCAGCUGCUGCGUCCUCUUCCUCAAGUUACAAACCCGGUGGCGGCGUGGAGGAAUAUUUGGCGGCGAAAGCGAAAAAGGAGGCUGAAGAGGCGGCGGCGGCAAGUGCGAGGGAGGUGAAAUCUAGUCCGGUUAUUGACUACACGAAGGUUAGAGCGGCGGAUUUGUUGGCGGAUGGAGACAGGUAUGUUUAUAUUGCAAUCAUGCAUUUACAAAUCCUUUUCCUAACGUGAAUCCGCAUUACAAAUUUCAUUUCUCACGCUGAGGAAAUCGAAAUUUGUAAUGCAUUUAUGCGAGUGCGAUACUUUUGCAGUGGAUACGUUUUUCAUCGUCAUGCCACCUGAACUUGUCAUGCAAGUUGAACAAAUCAAAAUGAAAAUCUUUCGAAUCUGUGUUGCAACUUACUACUUAUGUUGUAAACUAUGAAACGAAACACGACAAUCAAUAUGAAUAUCAGCUUCAAGCUCGACAAGGCGGAGUCUGUGGCGAGUAAGAAGGAAGAAGAGAAGAAGCAGGUCAGUGUCAACAUGGACGAGUUGUAG